GCACCCUUACAGAGAGCCCAACGGAGAAAUGCUCUUUGGCAAGCAAUGCUAGCUUGUUGCUGAACAACUCGGAAAGGUCAGUGUGAAACCCCAGCGGUUACAAGCGGUGUGUCAGUGCAGGCGCGGCUCCGAGCUGCUCGCUGUUUGCCGCACUUCUCUGGGAGUUGCGCUUCAACGCGGUCGGACCCUGUGCGCUGCCGCGGCCUCGACGGGGAGCGGGGGGCUGAGGUCCGGUGGCUUUGUGCUCCCCCUGGGCAGCCUGAGGCACUCGGGUGCUGCUGAGCUCUGUCACCGCCCCUCGCUCCCCGUGCAGCGCGGACAGGGAGCGCGGGGCCGCCUCGGGGCCUCGGCUCACUUCUGCCGUCCGCUUCUCUCGUGGAUGUGGCUCGGUGGCCCAGCGUCGCCUCGCCGCUGCCUGUAGUCAGCACGCCGUCGCCGUUCGCACAGCUUCGGAGUUGCGGCGUUCCCACGGUCGCUGCUGAGCGGCGCUGGCAGCCGUGGGGCGAUGCGCCCCGCUCCGUCCCGUCCUGCGCUCGGCUCCCGCCGCCCCGCGCCGUGCGGAGGCAGCGCUUCGCCGGGAGCUGAGCGAGAGCCGGCUCCGUGCUCCCGCCCUCCUCCUUCCCUCCCUCCCUCCCCGCCUGCCUCCUCCCGCGCUGCCCCCUCCCCGCCUCUCCCCUCCCCUCUCCGCGCCGCAGCCUCCCCCGGGCCGCCCGGCGCUGCCCGAGCUGUGCGGGCGCCGAGGAUGGCAGCGCGGCUGCGGCCCCUGGCCCUGCGGCUGCUGGCGCUGACCUUCCCCUUGGUGGCGAGGGGCUUCUCCGACGAGACCCUGGAGAAAGCCGCCAAAUCCGAGGGCUACUGCAGCCGGAUCCUGCGAGCGCAAGGCACCAGGAGGGAAGGGUACAAUGAAUUUAGCCUCAGGGUGGAGGGCGAUCCAGAAUUCUACAAGCCUGGAAACAGUUACCGCGUGACGCUUUCUGCUGCCACUCCUGCGUACUUUCGAGGAUUCACACUGAUUGCUCUGAAGGAAGGAAAAGAAGGUGAUAAAGAAGAAGACCAUGCGGGAACAUUUCAGAUCAUAGAUGAAGAAGAGACGCAGUUCAUGAGUAAUUGUCCCGUUGCGGUUACUGAGAGCACACCUAGAAGGAGGACACGCAUCCAGGUGUUCUGGACGGCUCCUCCUACUGGUACGGGCUGUGUCAUUCUGAAAGCCAGUAUUGUGCAGAAGCGCAUUAUUUAUUUUCAAGAUGAGGGUUCUCUCACCAAAAGAAUCUGUGAACAAGAUUCAGCCUCAGAAGGUGUGACUGACAAACCAAUUUUAGAUUGCUGUGCCUGUGGGACUGCCAAAUACAGGCUAACGUUUUAUGGAAAUUGGUCAGAAAAAACACAUCCCAAAGACUUUCCACGGCGCACCAACCACUGGUCUGCGAUCAUUGGUAGUUCUCACUCAAAGAACUACAUCCUUUGGGAGUAUGGAGGAUAUGCUAGUGAAGGUGUCAAGCAAGUUGCAGAGCUGGGAUCCCCAGUCAAGAUGGAAGAAGAAAUUCGACAACAAAGCGAUGAGGUUUUAACAGUUAUCAAGGCAAAAGCACAGUGGCCCGCCUGGCAGCCUCUGAAUGUGAGAGCUGCUCCCUCUGCUGAGUUUUCUGUUGAUCGCCACCGGCACCUGAUGUCCUUCCUCACCAUGCUGGGGCCCAGCCCCGACUGGAACGUGGGCCUGUCUGCUGAGGACCUCUGCACCAAGGACUGCGGCUGGGUUCAGAAGGUCGUGCAGGAUUUAAUCCCCUGGGACGCCGGCACAGACAGUGGUGUUACCUAUGAGUCACCCAACAAACCUACAGUUCCUCAAGAGAAGAUCAGGCCACUUACAAGCUUAGAUCACCCUCAGAGUCCAUUUUAUGAUCCAGAAGGAGGAUCUAUCAAGCUGGUAGCCAGAGUUGUCAUUGAGAGAAUUGCACGCAAGGGGGAGCAGUGCAACAUUGUCCCUGAUAACAUAGAUGAUAUUGUGGCAGAUCUAGCUCCAGAAGAAAAAGAAGAAGAUGAUACCCCUGAGACUUGCAUAUAUUCAAACUGGUCCCCGUGGUCAGCCUGCAGCUCCUCUACCUGUGAGAAGGGCAAGAGGAUGAGGCAGAGAAUGCUUAAAGCUCAGCUGGACCUCAGUGUGCCCUGUCCUGAUACCCAAGAUUUUCAGCCCUGCAUGGGUCCAGGCUGCAGUGAUGAAGAUGGUUCCACUUGCAUGAUGUCUGACUGGAUUACAUGGUCCCCCUGUAGUGUUUCCUGUGGAAUGGGAACGCGAUCUAGAGAGAGAUAUGUAAAACAAUUCCCUGAAGAUGGCUCUAUGUGCAAAGUGCCUACUGAAGAAACUGAGAAAUGUAUUGUAAAUGAGGAAUGUUCCCCCAGCAGCUGCCUUGUCACCGAAUGGGGAGAGUGGGAUGAAUGCAGCGCUAGCUGUGGCACGGGAAUGAAAAGACGACACCGAAUGAUCAAGAUGACUCCCGCUGAUGGAUCUAUGUGCAAGGCAGAAACUACAGAGGCAGAGAAAUGCAUGAUGCCUGAAUGCCAUACUAUUCCCUGCCUUCUCUCCCCGUGGUCUGAAUGGAGCGACUGCAGCGUAACAUGUGGGAAGGGAAUGCGAACCCGGCAAAGGAUGCUGAAAUCUGCGGCUGAGCUUGGAGACUGCAAUGAGGAACUGGAGCAAGCAGAGAAAUGCAUGCUGCCUGAAUGCCCCAUUGACUGUGAGCUGACAGAGUGGUCCCAGUGGUCUGAAUGCAAUACAUCAUGUGGAAAGGGCCACAUGAUCAGAACACGAAUGAUAAAAAUAGAACCACAGUUUGGAGGAACAGCGUGCCCAGAGACUGUCCAACGUACAAAAUGUCGAGUAAGGAAAUGCCUGAGAGGCCCAGGUAUGGAAAAAAGGCGCUGGAAAGAGGCCCGGGAGAAAAGAAGAAGCGAGCAAGCAAAAAAGAACAUUGAUAACGAGCAAUAUCCAGUUUGUAGGCUGAAACCAUGGACUGCUUGGACAGAAUGUUCGACACUCUGUGGAGGGGGAAUUCAGGAACGCUACAUGAUGGUAAAGAAGAGGUCCAAAAGUACUCAGUUUACUAGCUGCAAAGACAAAAAGGAGCUAAGAGCAUGUAAUGUUCAUCCUUGUUAGGAAAACACAAGGCUUCCAAGUGAUGCACUCUGAGCUAAAAGGAAAGUCAACCUUGGUUUGGUUUUUGAAACAAAAAAAUAUAAAGUGUAUAUUAGUUUUCAUUUUUGCAGUGUGGUUUGCUUUUUAGUCUUGCUGGUGCAAGAAAUAUAUUUUAUAAAUAUUUCCUCACAGAUUAAUGCUGAGAGUAAAUCUUUGAUGCUCCAGCUAGCCCUUAAUGCAUAAAAGUAGUAGGUCAUUGUGAGUCAUUUAACUGAAAUACAGACAUAUCUGUGGACAUGGAAUAGCCAUAUAGAAAUACUACUUGUAAAGACAUGGGAUGCAUGCAUAUUAACGUAACUAAGUUGAAGUGACAUGUUUCAUAUGUGGGAGGAUUUCUCUCUUGAUUUUAAAAAUCCAAAGCAGUGCCUAUGUGAUUAUACAACUAUGCCAAGGAAAAUUUUCAGUAAUGCUGGUUCAAUAAUAUUAAAGGUGCAUGUUUAUCUUUUUACAAUAUUGGGUUAAGUGAUAGUUAAAGUAAUUACCCUAUAUACUUCUGUUCACAUGGAUGCUGCAUUCCAUGCAAAAUCAUCUUUGUUUCUUAAAUAACUACUUACUUACUUAAAUAAUCUGUGCAGCUCAAUAGUGAUGUCAGCCCAAAACAUGGUCAAAACACAUAAAGAGCAUGUGGCUAUCAUAAUACCUAUCCAAGGUCUCUCAAAAUGGGUACAGAACUAAGAGAAAUUGGUCCAAAAACCAAGAGUCACAACAGUUGUGUCAAGGAAAGACCUCCACCUGAGGGACGCUACAGGACUAGAUGCAGUUUCAGAAGGAUGUUGAUCACAGGCAAAGAGAGAAAGAGGUAUGUGAAAUAACACUAGAGAAUAGGUGAGCUAGGUCCUCCUGCAUCCCUUGUAGCAAACAAAAGGAAGGGAACUUCUGAAAUGAAACAAUUACGCUCUUAAAAUAAAAUUUGAAAAUUACAAAUUGACACAAGAAUAUAUUUAGAGCAGCAUCAUUUUAUGUCUUUUUACUUGGAGUUUAGUAGGCUCUAAAAGUUACUAAAUUUGUGAGAAUUAUCUACUUUGAUACACACUAGCCAGGAUAAACAUCUUCCCUGGCCACUUAAGCAAGCAACAAACUGUCUGAAAUUAAAAAAUAGCUCCCGCCCACUCUGAUUGCUUUUUCUAUUUUACACCUUCUCCUGAAGAGUUUAGCUGUUAUCCCUACACUUAAUGAGGUGUGGGAUUCUGAGAUUGACUUGUACUGGAAUAUAAUACUGUCCUGUAAGCUUAACAAUUUAACGUUAAAGAUAGGAGAUGACGGUGACAGGUUUUGUCUAAGAAAGGCCGCGUAAACCUACGUCUCCACAUAAGUAAUAACAAUGCACUGAAAAUACAAGACUGUUGAUGCUAACGCUCAAAAAAACACUUCAGAGAAAUGAAUGGAGAAACAUUUAUGUUACAGUCUCUUUAAACCAGCCUUAAGUAACUAACUUACUUUUAUAAUGCUCCGUCAUGAUCCUGAGAACCUGACAUCCGAGGUUUUAAGUAAGUGUCCGGAUUUGAUGUGAAUCACGGCCCACUGAGGCUGUUUGACUUCACCACCACUGCUCUGGGGAUCUCGUUACCUCCCUGUAUCAAGAUGGGCAGGUUGCAUUACUCCGUAGGGCUUUUCAUCAGCAAAUCAACACUGGACUCUGCAAGGACUGCUCAGGACUUCCACAGCUGUUGCAUGCCACCCCUUGAGGUAUUUUACUGCUUUGCUUAGACCUGGAAUUAAGGGAGAGCUAGGGAAAUAAUAACGGAACGAGGGCAGUGCUCAGUCUCUUCCGAUGCUGCUAAAUGAAAUGGAUGCAAGUUCUUAGUGAACCAAACCAGGAGAAAAAUGAAAAAAAAAAAAAACAGUUUCAUGCUAAAACCAAACACUUUACAUUUUGCACAGCUUGGCUCCUGUAAUAAUAGUUGUUAAGCUUGUUUGCCUCCUUGUGCCUAUUGAAAAAUUCUACAUUGGGUGUCCCUAUAGCACUAUCAUUACACUGUAGCAACAAGUCUCCCAAAGUAAUGUAUUUAUGAUCUUACCUUGCACGUUAUCCUUUUAAUGACCACAAAAUUAAAGAAAAUUGAAGUUCCUUGCAAUGAUAAAGAUUGCGAAGGAGUGACCAGUCGAGCACAUUUCAGGUGGAGAAACAGAUGGUUGCAGAGAAGGGCUACAGCGAAUAAUGCUGCAAGGCUACAGCCGCAGACCAGAGCUGUUCAGCACCACUGUGAGCUGCUCCUGCUGAGUCCGGCCAGGUGAGGUGAGUCAGUGGGGGAGUAGAAGAAGAAAGUAAGUGUCUCUUGAAUGGAAAAGAAAAAAGUUAUGAUUUUACAGUCUGCAUUUUAUCUCAUCAAUCCUUACCAGUUGUUCAUGCUAAUCCUGCAGAACCAUGCCCGCUUCUGCAAAUAAUCAGUUAAAAUUAAUGGUGUCUUUAUUUUCAUAGUUUUUUUUCCGGUUCAUCAAGCUGUUUUAUCAUUGAAUGAUUCCCUUUGCCAAAGGCUGCAUAGUCCAGAUGUACCUUGAGGCAUGUAGGAAAUACGUAACGUUUUUCUGAACAUGCUCACAAAAAUGCCCACAAAAAAUCAAUCAGUCUGGCUUUCCUUUCAUUGUGGUUCUUACCAGUUUGAUGCUCCACAGACAUAAUUGUCUUUUAGUGAGGAGGCUCUUCAGUGUGAUUCCCAGUCAUUUCUCUUAGGCUCAUUAAAGUUAUGAAUGUUGGAUUUUUUUCCCCACCUCGUUAAUCCAUGCAAUGAUAAUGUAAAUUGCAUUUGGGCAGAAACGCGUGAUUAUUCCUGCUUAGGUUCAGCUUUUCACACUGUUUUUCUGUUGGAACAUUUUACGAGUCACUUGUCUUUCUUCUAACUUGAUACAAAAAAUAUUUAAGCUUGUUACAUUUUGUAAAAAAAGAGAACAAAUGAAAACAAAUGAACAAAAAAAUGAGGUUGAUUUUCUAUUCAGAAAAAAAAAAAGCUCUGAUAAACAAUAUGUAGAAGUAUUGCGUUGUUACUGUAAACUUUCUAGUAGUGUAACAGCCACUGGUUAUCUGUCAAUAAAAAUGAGAACUUUCUCUCUCACCUCAUUAGUAAUACUGCUGAACUGAAAGCACAGACAUUGCUCCACUUUUGUAGACCUCAACUAUCAGAUUUUAGCAUCGUGUGUAUGUUAUCUUUUUCUAACAUACGAACUGUAGAAGCUUUACACGUAAUACAAAAGAAAAGUUAGGGGCAUAACAAAUGUACAGUAGGACUGUGUGUGCAGCAUACCAUUUAAAACAAGAUUUUGUUUGAUUGCAUCUUUAGAUUUCCUUCAUUGUUUUUGUUUGCUGUGGAAUUACAAAAAAGCUACCAUGAAUAUUUCUUACCAAAGUCUCGUGUAGAUGUUUUGUAGCUGUCUGGCUAACACAUUAUUAUUUUGGAAUAAAGACAUCUUUACUAUGAAAUGUA